AUGUAUUCGACAUCGUUGUUUUAUAUUGAAAGCAAUGAUUAUUGUGGUAUCAAAGAGAGGCACUGGGCGAAAGUGACAGCGAACAAACAAAAGAUGUUAUCCGAUGAGACAAUCACAAAUUUCCGUUUACAUCGUGAUACACGUCUCGAAUCUACUGCGACGCCAUUUGUUGUACCUACGAAUGGACAUCGUCAUGUCCCAGCUCCUAAACAGCAACAGCCACAACAGCGUACUGCAGUAGCUGAACAAGCUUCAGCAUCGCGUACAUCAAAAUCGAUUAUAGAUGCUAAAAAUCGAGCUGUUAGUGAUAGUUGUAUGGCUGCGGCUAUUGGUGAUUUACAAUGGUUAAAGCAGAGUAUUCGAGAUGGUCCGCUUGGAAGUGGUGAAGUUAUUAGUGUCGAGCAAACUUAUGGAAAAGAUGGACUUGCUCCAAUUCAUCUUGCUGCUUUACAUGGUCGAUUGAAUUGCUUAUCGUAUUUGAUCGAAACUAUUCAUCUUGAUAUUGACUUGCCCAGUGCUACAGGUUGGCGUCCAAUUCAUUUGUGUAUAUCGAAGGAAACCGGUUCACGUGCACUUCAAUGUUUACAAUACCUGAUUGAACAUGGAGCAAGCUUCAAUAUAAAAAAUGAUGAUCAAUUAACUCCACUUCAUCAAGCAGCCUCCGAAGGUCAUAUUCAAUGUCUCGAGCUUUUACUUGCACACAAUGCUGAUGUUUACGCUGAAGACAGUCGUAAACAAUCUCCUUUGGAUCUUGCCAAAUUGUGGGGACACAAACGUUGCGCUAAAUUACUUGCAGCUGCAAUGUGGCAUCAAAAUAAACAUUUAUCGGAAAAAGAACGCCGUUUAACGAGGAAUGCAAAAAUGGCCGAUCUUUUAUUAGAGAUUAAACAAGAACAUGCCACUUUAUUCGAAGAAAGGGGUGAAGAAAUGUUUGAUCAAUGGUUAAUUACUGCAGUUUAUUCACUUCAUUUUCUUUUGGGAAACAAAUCAACGAGUCCAACUACUCAACCGAAACAACAGUCACCAACUCAUCAAACACUUCCAUCAAUUACGCCUGAACAUGCCAUCAAUCAACAAUCAUUAUCCAAAUCCGACAAACGAACAAUACCAAAACGUGUUCGACCACCAAGAUUUGUGAAUACGAACAAUUGGAAUAUUUCCACCCGUUGCAAACCAAAUCCAUACAUAACCGACUUAACUGAUGCUUAUCCACGUGAUCCUUUUACUAAAAUGCCACCCAAGCAAGACGCUGUAGAUAUUUAUCGUCUACUUCAAAAUAUGACAUUGACUGAUGUCAAGAAAUUUCUUGAACGUCGAAAAGAACGAUCGAUCGAGCCACAGGAUGUUGAAGAACGAGCACAGAAACAACGGCCUGUUGUCUAUGCUCCAUGCCACGUUGACGAUAUUCAAACGCUACACAAAGCAACCCCGGGUGAAGAAUCCUAUCAACCGUUACGAUACUUCGAUGAAGGUGGUUUACACCAUACUAACGAUGCUCAGGGAAGUGUGUUUUACCAUCAAUUAUCAGAAGCAAUGGGUGGAAAAGAAAAUACAUUCCUCUCCCGAUAUCAUGCAAAUGAAGAUCGGACGAAAUGGGAUCUAUUUCAACAAUACGGAUCGGAAUUAAUUGACUUCUUAACAGAUCAUCGCGGUCGUUUUAAACGACAAUAUGAUAAAGUUUUUAUUACUUGA